AUGAUUUCCAGGAAAGUGUUGGGGUCCCUUGUCUGCCUGUUUGUUGUUACUGCAUUUAUCUGGAUUACAGUUGGGAAUGGAAAAGUGCACUACCUUCCAUACUACCUUCCUUGCCCUGAAAUCUUCUCCAUGAAACUUCAAUAUACAAAAGAGAAGCUAAUCCAGCUUUCCCCCCAAUUAUUUUAUCAGCAGCCAAGAGUGCUGGCUCCAAAGCGUCAGGAUGUGCUGACAGUGACACCAUGGCUGGCACCCAUCAUCUGGGAAGGAACCUUCAAUUCUGAGAUCCUAGACAGUGCCUACAGGCCACUGAACCUCACCAUUGGGGUGACAGCCUUUGCCAUUGGAGAGUACACAAGGUCUGUGGGCCGCUUCUUGGAGUCAGCAGAGAAACAUUUCAUGAAAGGCUAUCAGGUGAACUAUUAUAUCCUCACUGACAACCCUGAGACAAUUCCUGAUGUCCAGCUGCCACCUGGACGAAAGUUUGUGGUUGUCCCCAUCAAGAAAUACCUCAGUGGGCAAGAGAUCUCCAUGCGCAGGAUGGAGGCCAUAAACAAGCACAUAGCCGAGAUGAGCCAUCAGGAGGUGGACUACCUCUUCUGCCUGGACAUUGACAUGGUGUUCUACAAUGCCUGGGGGCCUGAGACCCUGGGUGACAUAGUAGCAGCCAUACACCCUGGCUAUUUUAAUGUCCCUCGUAGCCAGUUUCCUUAUGAGAGGAGGAGCUCUUCAGCAGCCUACAUCCCUGAUGGAGAAGGAGACUUCUACUACGGAGGAGCUGUGUUUGGAGGGCUCAUCAAGGAAGUCUAUGAGUUCACCAAGACUUGCCACAUGACCAUCCUGACAGACAAAGCCAAUGAGAUCACGGCAGCCUGGCAGGAAGAAAGCCAUCUCAACAGGCACUUCCUCUCCCACAAACCAUCCAAGGUGCUUUCUCCAGAGUAUUUAUGGGAUGUCAGGAAGCCAAAACCCCCUGAAAUUCACCUCAUACGUUUUGCCAUAGUGGAUAAGAACUACAAAGAAAUAAGAGAUUGAUGAUCUGAUUC